AUAAUUAAGUUUCAGAUUAAAUUAUUUUAUAGACUGUCUAAAUGCCAUCAUAUUUUAUAUCACAUUGCUUUAACUACAGCCGUAUUUUGUAUUACUUAACAUUAGACUGUCUACCAUCAGAUUUUAUAUCACUUUUACUAGUCAGAAUUUGCAUUACAUUGCAUUAGUCUGUCUAACUACCCUAGAUUUUAUAUUACUUUAGUCACAGUCAGAUUUUACGUUAUAUUACAUUACUGUCUAACUACCAUCAGAUUUUAGAUUACAUCACUUUACAGACAGCCCAACGGCUAACUAUUGAACUACCAUAAUUUAGAAUGACAUUAAUUUAAUCACAGUCAGAAUUUUAAUUAUACAUAACAUUACAGACAGUGUAACGACAACCAGAUUUGCCCGAGUACAUUCAAACAAGAGGACUCUUCGCGCGAUUGGCCCGUUGUUUGAAAUGAAUGAAACGUGGUGCUCCAAUGAGAUUUAAGAUUUCUGCAUAAACCCCGCCCACCAACAGAAACGUAGAGGCGGGCUCCUUCGGUUAUGGCUUAACUCUGUUUUGGGGUUUUUUUGACCUACCUGUGAAGUAAAACGUUUGGUGGUCAGAACACCGUAGCAAACGAUUAACGUUUCAGCGAAGGGUCAGCGAUGAGCAGCUGACUGAAACAGCUUACACAUUCGCCCGUUAUUUGCUGCUCUGUUGAAGUGACGAAGAAGAAAAGGCAAUAAUUUGCUUGCAGACAUUUUCCGUUGCUGCAGCUUCGUGGUUGUUAGCUGCUUCUGUUGGUGGUAUUCAGCCGCUACAGGGGCAAUGGAAAAUUAAAGAGAACAGAAGUGAACACGGUCAUGUGGUGAGUCUUGUGUACGUGAGUCACACAAACAUGGACAGCUUCCGAAACCUCGAAGAUGAGACGUUUCCCAGCUUCCUCUCCAAUGGUUCACUGGGCAGUAGUGGCUGUGCUACCCUGGCCAAUGUAACUCUGGGUUCUACUCUCGGGGUGCCCAUGGCUGCGUCCACUGUGGCUAAAAUUAGAGCUGCAGCAGACAACAGGUUAACUGAUGUCCAGGCAUCGUACUUGGAUGAUGGCCCUCAUUCUCUGGGUUCUCGAGGCUCAAAUUGUGAGAGGGAAAAAUUUGCACUCAGCUUUAAAGAUGACUUGGAUGAAGCGGAUGACUUCAUCGCUGCCAAUCGUUUCUCAGACCUGUUGGUGAAUGUUAAUUUGGACGAAUCAGAAAGUGUGUACCGGACUAAAGCCUCUGCAGCUGUGGGAGUCACACCUGCUCCUGCUCGGCCCUCUGAUUACCCUUCAGACAUUUCAACUGGCCUGUUGACGUUUUCUCAUGUCGGAAGUAAAGAAACCAUGGCUGCUAAGGGAGCUACGUUGCUCCCUGAAACCAUCGAGGAAGAGAGUCCAGGGAGUGAGACAGCAGACAGCGAUGGCUUGAGUGGCAGUGUCGCCAGCUUCCUGGCAAAUGAGAAGCUCAUGUCACUUGACAGCAUGAACAGUGAUGUCACAGAUGAUGACAUUGAUAUGGACCAUCUGCAUGAUGAAGAGCUGAAGAUGUAUUUCAACAAACUAAUUCCCCCUUCCAUGCAGAGAGGUCGAGUCGAGGGCCAAGAGAUACCUGCUGCUGACCUACCUGGCAGGCAAACUGGUUCAACACAACAAUGUUUUGCUGAACCAGAUACAUCUUCCAAGAACAGAAACAACUUCCUUGAUAACUAUGACCAGGGAGACUUUUGCAUGCCUGAUGUGCGACUGGCUGCUACAGGCAUGGACUCAUGUCCUGCCAGUGAUGAGGAGGACACAGAGGAUGAGCUGGAAGCCUCGCAGAAUGGCAGCAGAGCCAAAUCUCUGUUGCCCAGCACCUCUAGGCAACUGGUUGGGGAAAGCCAUCGGCCUCAUUUUAGGCCAGGCCUGGAAGGUGGAAGCUCAGAUGAUGAGCCUCAGCCAAGUACGCAGUUUUCAGAUUCCAGGACAGGCAUUGAGCAACGGCGCUCUGCUGAGGGACAAGUGAUCGACUCUCCCGUCACAGGUGAUGGUGGUGGGGGUGAUGGGAGCAGUGGGAGUGAAGAGGAUGGAAAUGAUGGUGGUGUGUCUACAAUCCCUCCACCCACUGGUGUCCAGACCACCUAUGAUGUCCUACGGGGAUUGGGCAUUGUAGGAGGAAGUGGAAGGGGCGAGGGUGUACAUCAGCUACUGUCGCAGCUGCCUGGAUUAGGCCGACCUGGCUUCACAGGGCACAACCAGAUGGGAGACCGUCUGGGCCCAGUUGGUACAGGUGAAACUGAGCCUUCCGCUCAAAGUUCUGGACCUGCCAGCCCUUCCCCAGUUAACUGGAGCAUGAAUCAGGAUCGGCAAGAAGCUUUGGAUGCCAUGGAUAGUUCACACUUAGAUGCAGUAUCUCCAGAAGAACGCUUAGACUCUCUUUACCUCAAGACUGGCGCUGGCUGCCAUUACCAGGACUCUGCCUCAAUUGCCUCUGUUCUUCAAGGCACUCAGAACAGUUUCCAAUUCUCCUUUCUAAAAGACUGUCGUGGAGAGAGUGGUGAGGCAGUUGAACCUGAGCAUGCUGAAGGUUUUCAUCGAGGCCCUUGUGGGGACUCAGUCAGCCUUGCUGAACAGCGACAUACCAGCAGUGGGGAGCAUCCUGGAGAAUCCCUGGAGGCGAAGUACCUCUCACAAAGCUUCCAUCAGAAUAGUGAUGAGCACAGUGAUAUUUGGAAUCACCGUCCAGAUGAUGUGGAACUAGAGUUUCAAGGUGCAAAUGUUACCCAUAGUGUCGUCUACCAGAAUGAAGAGGGCAAGUGGGUGACUGAUCUUGCCUACUAUUCCUCAUUUGAAAAGGAAAUAGAGGCAAAGGGAACUCAGGAUAUUGCCGUUGAUAUACAGUCUGAAGACUUUGUUAGUGGCAAUCAGGUAAUGGAAAAGAUUGUGGAGGAUCAAAAAGAAUUCGAGAAGGAGCAUCAGUUCAUGCAGGAGGAGAAGAUUGAAGCAGUUAAUGCCAGUAUGGUGCUUGGAGACACCUCUUGGAAAGUCCCUAGUAGCCACAUUCUAAUGAGGGCAUCCCAGGUCUCAAAUGAGUUUGAGAGAGGAAACCAAAGUUAUUUGCGCAUUUCUUUGGGGGAGUUUUUUCAGCGACGAUCUGAGGCUUUGGGCUGUUUAGGGAGCACUGAAGAGGAUCAUGUUAAAAGGCCCUCAUUUGGUUAUGUUAUCAACUCUCCAGAGAAAAGGGAGCCCUUUGCUCUCCUCCGGCCCUCUGAUUUUUCUUCUAUUCAUAGUGAUACAGUCCAGCUCAGUGAUGCAGAUGAAACAAUGAAUCCAGAGGAUUUGGAGAAGACCCUUGAACCUGCAACAACUGAGCUCCCAUCAGAGAGUCAGGCACAUCCAGAGACAAGUGUAAAAGAUAUUCCACCUGUAUUGUCACUGGAUGAUAAGGAGACUUCAAGCCACAGUUCUGAAUCAUCCAACUCCAGUAGGAGCCUAUCCCUGAGUAUUAGCACGAUUGCGUCAGCCAUUGCGGAUGCCUCAGUCAGCUCAGACCCGGCCCAGCUUGCUGCCAUGAUCGUGGAGUUGUCCAAAAAGAGAAGCUCCAAAAGCAGUCUUCGGGUAGAGGGGCCAGUCCCUGAUCGCAAACAAGUUCCUGGGCAGGAUAACUUUCAAGAUGCCCUGCAGAAAACUUCAUCUGCGGUUGACCUCAGUCUUGAUAUGGAGAAAUACCUGAAGAAAGCUGAAGUGUCUAGCAGCGACAGUGAUACUUCCAGUUCACGGUCCUGUCUUGAUGUUCUCAGCUUGGCUGACAAUCUGUCAAGCUCUCAGAGGCCAACACGGUCUCCCACUUUGCAAAAUGAGAUCAUUCUUCAUACUGAAGUAAAUUCAAUUUCAAAACAACCUCAAGUAGUAAAGAAAGAACCAGUUCCAUCAAGUAUUGUAGUCAAGCAAUCUAGUAGCAUUGUAAAGGAAGUGAGAAAGUCAGAUGUGAAAAGGAGUGCCAUUCCGCGACCAAAGACUAGCUGCAUACCAACGGCCACAGUUCACUCAGCCAGGAGAUCAGUAGGUGCAGGGCAAUCUUUGACAUCAUCCUUCAAACCCAAAUCAAUGAACAGCAGUUCUGGUCCUGGAAGAAGCAAAAGUGAAUGUCAAACAGCGACUACAGCAGGAAACACAAGUUGCUUGGAGUCCAAGGUCAAAAUGGACACAGCUCAACCACAGAUAUCUGCUAUAUGUCAGUCACUGAGAAGUAGUGACUCCACACUAGACCCUUCUGCUGCCCCAAAAGCCUCUCCUGGUUUUCGAAGUAGUGGUCAGUCAGAUUUGCCUUUACUGCGGAGCUCGCCCCAAAGACCCCAAAGCAGAAGCUGUCUUAGGCAAACAGGCACAAAAGAGACACAGUCUCUGAGAAGUCCACAAACGUCUCAGGCUGUUGGAAACGAAAAAGAAACAAUUGCUCAACAGAAUUCUGUGACUUUCCAGAAUAGAUAUGCUUCACCUGAGCGGACUGGCUCUCGUGUUGUGGAGGCUAGCCAUUGCUCCUUCAGACCAUCCACCUCUCCACUCACCCAUUCAAGCCCAAGCCAGACUUCACUGCCUAGUCUACAUGAGGAAAUGUCUCCUUCCUCUAGUGGUGGUGUGGGUGAGAGGAGUCCAGGGGCUGAUCCCCUUUCACCUCAGUCCCAUUGUUCCAGUCCAUCCCUCAGCAGACUUACCUACCUCUCUAUUAAUGAGAACACUGCCCUGCCCACUCCUGAUCACCAUAAGAAAAAUAUGUCUAUGGCCCUGAGCACCACCAUCAUCAGAGCAAGUCCCACUCCGCCAGUGGAAUCUGCUGAUGCAAAUGAAUCUGUCCAGCCAAACCAUGAUGGAGUUAUGGAUGGUUCCUCAAAUACUCCACAACCUUCUCGUCAUGCUGUAUCUCCUGACCUGAUCCAAAGCAAGUGUGAGUCUGGGAAAAGCCAGACUGAGCCUGGGCCAAGACUGUACACACAGGGUGGCUCUAGCUAUUCCAGCAACCUCAAGGUCCAGCAUCAGCCAGGAGGAAGAAUACAACAGGGUACACAGCAGGUGUCUAGCAUUUCAGGAACGGGGAGUGAAGCUUUCUGCGGGUCACGCUAUGGUGUCCCCACUUCCUCCCUUUACAAAUCUGAUGACUUGAGAUGUGGCUUGCCCCCUAACAACAGCUCCCAUGCUGCUUUGUCAGACCUAACCACUGGUGUGCCAACUCUUUUAACUGGCCAGUCUCUUUUCAAUACCCAGCUAUCACAACAGUAUCUGAACUCAGAAAGGCCCUUGCAGGCUUCCUCGUGCCAUUUAGGAACUCUAGCCGGACCGUAUGGUGUGCCAGCCAUGCUUACAGGUGCUAAUCCACAACUUGGACCUGCAUAUGUACCUGGGCCAACAGGUAUGUCAUCUGGCUAUAUAAAUGGUGGCCAACAUCAUCAGUACUCCCUCACCAAAACGUAUGGUCAGCCCAGCUUAGGAAUGUGGUCUGCAAGUGACCUAACUGAUCUCAGAACCCAAGUUGUUGUCCCAGAUGAGCUGAAGUUUCCCAGUUCCUGCUGUGUUGGCAUUGCCUGUCAAACAUCCCUCAGCAUCUUUAACCCUUCAGAGCGCUGGCAGCAAGUGGCCAUAUCCAUAGUAAACCUGUCUAUUGACGGACAGAAGGUGGAUUCCCUCCCAUACCAGUGGCUGAUUCUGAAGAAUAAGACUAUUAUUGGACCUAAGAGCACAGAGGAGCAGAAGGUGUUACUGAUUGCUCCUAGAGCUGGCCUGUACCAGUGCACUCUGAGUGUGUCAUCCUGGCCUGCCUCUGCUGAGAGUGAUACUGUGGCACAGGCUGAAGUGUUUGCCAAGAAAGUGGUGCUCAUCGCAGUGGCUGAGAACCCUGCAAUAGAAGUGGAUGUUGGAAAGACAGGCUGUCUGGAUUUUGGAGACCUGGCUGGAGGCAGUGUUAAGGCCCUGCCACUUAAACUGGUGAACAGGACUCGUGCCACUGUGCCUAUUCGGCUAGUUAUCAGUGCGAAUGCCUCUGCCUGGCAUUGCUUCAGCUUCUCCAAGAGCCCUGUGGCUAUGAUUGCAGAUAAAUCUCUCCAUUCUGGUGCGAGUUUAACGCCUGUUUCUGCUCCAUCAGUCAUAAACCAUGUGUUGCAUUCUAGCUUUGGAGAUAAUCCAGACAGCUUUAUGGUGUGGGUAAAUUUUAAUGCACCUCAGAGGUUCAGCACCGGCUCAGGUGAAUUAGGUCCACCAGAUGAAUACAGUGCUCGUGUGGAUCUUGAGGUGGACAGCCCUGGACCUAGUCAUGUGAUCCAAAGUAUUGCCCUCAAGGCGAGGUCUGGCAUAGCCAGAGUAUAUGCCCCCAAGGACAUGCAGACAGUUUGUCUUAAGACUCCGUUGGGUGAGACAGCUAAGCAGACUUUGCCCCUGAAGAAUGCAGGCAACAUUGAUGUCCAGCUCAGGCUGAAGAGUAAUGACGGGGACGACUGCUUCACGGUGAAACCAGAGGAAAUGCUCUUACGAACUGGAGAGGAGAAGAGCAUUGUUGUCACUUUCACUGCCCAGGGAAGCCUUAAGUAUAGAGAGAGUGUGCUGACGAUACUUGUGCUGCCCAGCGGGCCACAGUUCGAGGUUGUCCUGAAGGGAGAAGUGGUCCAGGGGAAAUCUGGGAAUGUCACAUCUGCAAUGGGCUCAGUGCCCUAUGGCGAUGUACCACCCAUCCUCUCCAACAAGCAGUUCAUGGCUUGGGGAGGAGUCACUUUGGGCAGGGCUGUGCAGCAAAAGUUGGUCUUGAAGAACAAUUCUCCCACGACAUCACAGCAGCUACGCCUUCACAUCAGAGGUCAGGAUCAGGACUGCUUUCAGCUGCAGAGCUCUUUUGGCCCUGAUGAGCGGUUGACUCGGAACAGAGAGCUAUUAAUCAAACCCAAAGAGAACAUGACUGUUCACCUUCUCUUUGCACCCACUCGUGUUGCUUCCAUGCUGGCCAAGCUUGAGAUCAAACAAUCUGCUGUGCGACCUUCUCAGCCUGGAGUCAAAUUCACUAUCCCUCUGUCUGGCUAUGGUGGCACGAGUAAUGUCAUUCUGGAGGAUUUGAGGAAGCGCUCUGAUGGCUAUGUGGCAACACUAAGCGGUAUUCAGGCAGGCCGUGUCAGCAAGCUGUGUGUGUGCGUGCGGAACACAGGCUCUCGAGCAGCGUUUGUAAGAGCAGUGGCCUACAGUAACCUGGAGAAGCGAACAGUUAUGGAGUCUACAGUUAUCAGCCUGUCACCAUCACAGUUUGUACUGAAGGAAAGGACUCAAGAGGUUAUUACAGUGGUGAUGAAGGCCUCAUGUAGGGAGCAGGCUCUCUGCCAGUCACACACUGCGCUCCUUGCCACUGUCUGCCUUUUCUGUGGAGAUGAGGUCUCUCGCCAGCAGUUCAGGAAAUUAUUGCGCAUCAAACCUGAGGCAGGAAAAAAAUUGUUGUCUGAAAACAGCUUGCUGAAGAACAUCUCGUUUGAUGAGCCUUUCCUUGGAGAGGAACUGGUUCAGGAAUCAUAUGACCUUCCCCAGAGACCUAAUGAGGGUCAUAUUUUCUAUGGCAACAUGAGUAAGGUUAUUCUAUCACUGCUGGGCACGGUGGAAGCAUCUGACUCGGGAGAGAGUGACCAUGUCGAAAUUGUCCGGCCGUCUCAGCGCCAUGCUCCAGACACGGACAGUGGUUUGGGGACACCAGAGCGUCACUUCAGUAACGUCUCCCUGGACGUCCUACCAGUGAAGGGGCCUCCCUUGCGUGUCUCAGAACCUGUGCUGAAACAAACUGAGCCUCCUGUGGGAAACACCUGGAGCAUCCAUCCUGAGCAGCUGGUGCUCACUGCACCCACCAUCAAUGGUGUAGCAGAUACCAGGCAUGUGAAGAUUGCAAAUCGUUCAAAUCGUGAGCUGAGCUUUGAGCUGUCCUGGCCUGCCCACUGUCUGACCAUUACGCCUCAACAUGGAGUCAUUGAGCCCCAGAGUCACUUGCAAAUUCUCAUCAGCCCUAAUCCCUCAUUGGCUACCAAAACCUCCAUGCUUCCUUGGACUGGCCAGAUCUAUGUCCAGUGUGAAAGUCAGCAGAAGUUCAUCAGAGUGCAGAUACGUCAGGAUCUGGCUAUGGAUGUCUCCACUGCUAGCCCAUCUACAGACAAGUCACUGUGCCCCCUGCUCCCCCAGGCUGAGACCCCUGUAGGCCCAGGGGUCAGAGCCCAGAAUAGCAGCCCUCAGCACCAGGUGGCAAUAAAGAACCGCACUCUCAUCUUUCCCUUAACCCUUUCUGGAGAAUCUUCAGAAUGUUAUCUAGAGGUAGAGAACAGUGGGGAAGAAGUGAGGUGGUACCUUUCUUCUUUUGCACCUCCAUAUGUAAAGGGUGUAGAUGGUAGUGGAGAUGUCUAUCGUGCGACGUAUUCGGCAUUCAGAUUUGAGAGAGUGUCUGGCACACUGGGGGUCAAAGAAAAAAUGCAGGUACCAGUAACGUUCCUUCCACGGGAUGGGGGAGAGUACGCUCAGUUUUGGGAUCUGGAGUGUCACCCAGUGUCCAAACCACAGUGCAAGAGUUGCAUCCGAUUUCAGCUCUGUGGCACGGGCAAAAAAGCAGGUACAGGGCUCAACCAUAAAGAAGACUGUACAUUAGUGCGAACAGAAACUAAUGUGAAGAGCAAGAAGAAAGUGGAGUCUCUGGGCUCUAAGACUGGUGCGGAACCCUCCAGGAGAGGAGUUUAUGCCCCUCAGAGCCUCUACACAUUUCCUGCCACACGUGUGGGCGAGGUCAGCACCUUGAAGGUUAACUUCCGCAACAACUCUUCCAAUGCGCAUGAGCUGAGAUUCUUAAGUCCUACAGAGCCUUUCUACAUCAAGCAUUCCAAAUAUUCCCUAAGGUCGCAACAUUACAUCAACCUGCCUGUGCAGUUCGAGCCAGCUGCAGUAGGCCAGUUCUCCAGUUUGCUGCUCGUUCAGACAGACACAGACGUUAAACUGGCCAUAGAGCUCGCAGGAGAAGGCUUACCUUGAGCCAGCCUUCUUUGAGGCUGACUCUUUUAGCACUCUGUCCUGGCUCACUUCCAGUGGAGGUUGGUGUGAGGCAUAAAGUGUUAUGAAGGAAAUUUUAUGACUGAAUGUAAAGUAAUGGUACCUUUGAGCAAAAACGCUUUGUCUCUUAGAUGUACAAAAAGAUUUGAGUUCAGGAUAGACAGAGUAGAUUAUAAGCUUUCAUAUUGCUCAGACUCUUAUCACCCAGUGGGCCUGAGGGAAAAGCACCUCUUCUAACAUUAGCAUUAAUUAGGCUACUGGAUUUAUCCAGGCUCUGUGAUGCCCCCAAGUGGCCUUGACAACCUAUACAGGUAUUUUAGAUUCAGGACUGGCACGGAUUUUGCAUAACACUCAUCACUGAAACAAAGCAGUUUGUCUUAAAUUUGAGACUCAAAACUUCACCUGUUGAAGACUGUGUAUUUUGUACAACACUGUGGAUGUAUUUUUGUGUUAUUUAUUUUAAAAUCACUGUUCUUAAUGAAAUAAAGAUUCAUU